AUGCGCCAGUUGGGCGUCCUACUGCUGUUUGAACUCGCAGUGCUUGUCGCUAUGCUGACACGAGCUGACGUUGUCACGAAAACCUCCGAAAAGACGAUAGGCGACACUGCAUCGUCGGCUGCGACCCAUUCCGACGUUGCUAUCGGGAGGUUCCGACGACUGGAUGAGACAGAAGAAAGAGCUCUUUCCAUUCCUUCUAGUUUAUUGCCGCAAUCCAUCCCGCCAACCGGCAUGGAGCUGAUCGGAUCCUGGUUCAAGUCGUUGAGGCCGAUGAUUAAGAGCAACUAUGCUUCUUUUGCCGACUACAAGCAUGGACCGUUAAUGGUUGUGUACUACCUCAGGGCGUUGUGGCCGCAGAUCUUGGAUAGCGUUCGGACUCGAUAUUGGCUUUACCGACGUAAAACCAUAGAAGACGUUUUCACGCUGCUGAAGCUCGAUGCUGGACUGGACAAAGUUGCGUACAGUCGGGAGUUUUACACUUGGGUUGCGUUCGGCGAUCUCUUACACACGCACCAUUUGGCCGAUAAGUGGUCAAUUGCUCGGGUGCUAUCGAAGACGUACACGGAUUUGGAAUUGGUGAGGGUAGUGGACGCGGCCAAAACCAAAAAGGAUCGUCGAAUGGCAUUAAGAUUGUCGCGUGGACAGAGGCACAAUUGGGAAAUUGCAAAAAAGUCUGCACUCGACAUUUACACACUGCUCGGGCUUCACAUCAAGAAAGAAAAUGGAAAACUUAGAAACGUUUUCAACCUCCCCGAGCUGUACACAUGGUACAUUUACGUGUAUACUAAGUAUACUACGGAUACAGACUUUCACGUCGUUUGGGUUUUGUCGACACAUUACAGCAAGGAAGAGUUGAGGGUGCUGUUUCAUACCACCGAGCUGCAAGGCUUGCUCCGAAAACAGCAAUGUGUGGAGAUAGAAACUGCGGUUGGCAAGUAUCUGCUCGUGAUCGAGCAGAUCAAAGCUGUUGUCCAGCUCUACCUCUCCGCUUUGUUCAUUGCGUGGAAAGGAAGUAGGAUAUGA